AUGGGAUUUCCAUUUUUCAUUGCUUGUGUUUUAUUGCUGACAGUCGUUAGCACCUCAGCUUCCAACAACUGUUCCUCUGUUGAUUGUUAUUGUACCGAUAUUGGAGAUGGAACGUGGGCUGCAGACUGCUCCAAAAGAAAUUUAAAUUCCAUGCCAAUAUUUCAGAUGAAUGUUUCAAAAAUAGACCUAAGCCACAACAAUUUAGAGGAAGUUGGUAUUACUCCCCCAUUGCCUUUGCUUCUUAAGGAAUUGAAUAUAUACAAAAAUAAUCUGACAUCAAUAUCCGCCACCGUUUUCCAGAAUCUCACCUACAUGGAAGAUCUGAAUUUAGCUGAGAAUAACUUGUGGUGGGACGAUUCACCAAAACUGUCAUUUAUUAAUAACUUGUCAAACCUGAGAAGUCUGAAUAUUCUAAGCAAUACUUACUCCAAAAGUAAUGUAUCAUAUCCUUUCCAAUCAUUUAAAAACCUGGAGAAACUAGAGUCUUUAAAGAUAGAUGGUCUUUUACAGGGAGAUUUUAAGCAAAGAGAAUGGAACUUAACCAGUUUGACAAGACUCUCCGUCUCAGGGAAAAUAGGAAAAUGUUAUUUCGAAAAACUUGAAGAAGGUUUCUUUGGAGGUUUACCAAACUUAAAAUAUUUAGUUGUAACCGGAUGUCCGAUUCGUACAAUAGACAGGGGUGUGUUUAGUUCUCUUCAUUGGCUACACACCCUUGAUCUGUCAAACAAUGAAUUCAUGACAUUUGCUGUACUAGAAAAUGUAUCAUACGAUCUACAAUUUACAAAUGUUCAAAACUUACACGCUAAGAAAAUACACUGCAGGUUUGGGCUUGGAACGUACCUAUCCGUUAAGCAGAUUUUUCACUUUCAAAACACAUCAAUCAAACAUCUUGACUUAUCAAGUAAUCGUAUGGAGAUGAUGGACACAGAUGUUCCCAAGUAUUUUCCUCCGAACAUGACCUUCCUGAAUAUCUCCGACAAUCACCUUACAUGGGGAAUGUACAUGCUAACAUAUCAAUUCCUCACACAUCUUAAAGUUGCAGAUUUCAGUAAGCAAAAUUCGGACAAAUCCGAGAAUCUUCCUUGGUGGAUUUGUGAAAAUUCUAUUGAUUGUACUUAUAUAAAUGACAGAAAUUUGGACAUUCAAAGUGGUCUCUGGAGUGAUAUUAGUACCCCAUUCCCCUCUCAGUCAGUUUUGGGUUCGUCAAACCGUAAUAUAACUUUUAAUGUACCACCUAGUCUUGAAAAACUUUUUUUUCAUGACACAAAUUUUAUAUUUACCAUACGUAAAAUCCAUUUGCGGAACAAUCAUUGCAAAGAGUAUCAUCUACAGAACAGUAUUUUCAAUAGUUUGACCGGACCAAUGUAUGGUAUGGAAUAUGCAGAAUAUUUAGAUUUCUCCGGAAACCUUAUGCACAAUAUAUCUCAAUUUUUCUUUGAAACAUUUCCGAACAUUACUUACUUGGACUUAUCGAAAAAUAUAUUAGGGAGCUGCAUCCAUGAAAAUGUUGGGUUUGACCACUUUCAAGCACUAAAAAAGCUAAAAGAAAUUAAGUUGUCCUACAAUGAAAUUGCAUCCUUACCAUCGAAUUUCCUCGCAAGUGCUUGGUCUCUUCAGAGAAUUGAUUUGAGUCAUAAUCUUAUUACAAAUUUCACUAUCACAUUAAACGACAGUACUCCGUUAAAAUAUCUCGACUUAGCAGCAAAUCGAUUGCAUAUACUGUCUCGUGAAACAAUGCAGCAUUUGCAAAGCAUUCAUGAACGUAAUAACUUAAAUGUUUCUCUUUUAGGAAAUUUGUUCGAUUGCACAUGUGAAGCACUAAACUUUUUACAAUGGAUUAAGGAUUCGAAAAUCCAUUUUAUCAAGAAAUACCAGUACAAAUGUAAAACAUCUCACUCCAGAGUACGGAAUUUUAAUGAGCUAGAUAAUAUAUUAAAGGAUCUCAAACAGGAGUGUCGUUCUAAUAUCCCAAGAACAAUUGGUAUAACAGUUUUUGUAGUCGCCAUCUUAACAGUUGGAAUUGUGGGUACGCUAUUCAAAUUUCGGUGGACGGUCCGUUACUUCUACUAUCUCACGAAGUGGAAAAUUCAAGAUAUUGUCAACCCUACAAAUCAAUAUAAAAGAGAUUACAAAUAUUCAGCUUUUGUGGCUUAUACUGAAAAAGAUUCCUUCGUCGAACGGGAUUUGGUUCAUCAUUUAGAAGAAAUAGGGGGGUUGAAACUUUGUCUACCAAAUCGAGAUUUUAGUCCAAAUUUGAAAACAUAUGCCAGUGUAACUUACGCUAUUCACAACAGCAAAAAGAUCCUCUGUAUAGUGACAGGUGAUUUCCUGAGGGAUUCCUGGUGUAUGUAUCAGCUACAGAUGGCUCUGGAGGAUAGAGUUUACAGACAAGAUGAAGACUGCAUCAUCUUCGUCCUUCUUAAAGGACCCUCUUUUGAGGAUCUCGGAGGAAUUCAGCAAUCUUUGUUAGUGAUGCCGUUCAUUGAGAAGAAUUCCUACGCACUCUAUCCCCAGAACGAGACAGAUCAUUCCGCGUUCUGGCAGAAGCUUGUUGAUACUAUCAUGGAGUAACAUCUAAAAUACUUAAAGGUGCUUGGACACAGAUUUGAUGUUAAUAUUUUCUCAAAUUUUCUGUAUAAUUUCAUGACUUAUAUGUUGCUAUAGCAUUUCAUACUAAAAUAUAAUAAAAA